CGCUGCUAUACAGCCAAAGGUGACCACGACGUUGCCAUUCCCUCCUCACCGCUAACCGUGCAUGACAGCUCGCUUGCUUCAGCAUUCUUGAUUCUUUGACUCUAACUCUCCAUGCACCUUUACAAGAAUCAGUUGCGAUACCAAGGGGGCUGUUAGAGCACGAGGACGAGACGAUAAGCCAAGGACGAUAUGGGAGGAUCAGAGAGCGCGCCAGUUGCGGGAGGGGAUCGGCAAGAGGCCAUCGCGCCCAAUGCGCUGAAUGCGCCCGCAUUCAACCGUCUAGCCGGCAAGCGCAUCAUCCUCGCCUCUUCUUCCCCUCGCAGACUGGACAUUCUCAACACUGUCGGUAUCAGACCGGAAGUGGUGCCUAGCACAUUUGAUGAGAAUUUGGACAAGGGUGACUUUGUUGGAGCUAGCAUUUUGGAAUAUCCGGCCGAGACGAGUGCUAGAAAGGCAAUCGAAGUGUACGAAAGGCUGUUGAAAGAGAACCCGGCGGAUCCUCCAGAUCUUAUCGUUGCCGCCGAUACGGUGGUGGUGAAAGGCGAAGAGAUUCUGGAAAAGCCAAAGGAUCGGCUGGAUCAUAUUCGCAUGCUGGCCGAUCUGAAUGAUGGAGAAUGCGAAGUGAUCACGGGCGUGACGCUGAUCCACCCGAUCAUCCAAGCGCCCGGUUUCAAAGUUCGUUCCAUCUCCGAACGCACAAAGGUCUUCUUUGCCGCCAACCCUGCCGAACUUUUGAAAGCGUACGUGGAGGAUGGGGAAGGAGCGGAUCGGGCAGGCGGCUUUGCGGUGCAGGGGAAAGGUGCGCUGCUGGUCAGAGCCAUCGAGGGCGAUUACAACAACGUCGUCGGUUUUCCGCUCUUUAGCUUUUGCGCUUUCUUGCACGAGCUCAUCGAGACGGAAGAAUUGGAAUUCGUCUGAGAUUCAAAACCUUCCCCCCACGAUCUGCGCCCGUGCCGGCUUUUGGGUCAGAGGUGAAAGAGACGAUCUGGAGAAGCGAAUGUCGUAUUGCGCCCAGCCUCGAUGUUGCAGCCGAGCGACGCUGGGGGCGCCAACCUCCCCUCAUCCCCUUUCCACUGCGAUACUUCUUGUCGAGGCUCGAGCGCUCCAACGCAGAGGUCGAUGUGUGACGUCGACCCUAGCUCUCACCGAUCCGCGCAUACACACACACACACACACACGCCUCAUGCAUCCUGCCCAUCGAGCAAAUGAUCUCGGAUGAUGGUCAGGUCACUUCAGUAGUCGAGGGACGCGCUGAUUCAUACAUGCAGACGAGCGAGCGAGCUGUAUUCACG